UCAAUUAACGAGAACAACUAAUAAAAUAAUUUGCCAGCUCGUAACGUGAAGAACAGAAGAAUCUUGCCUGCGCAGGGAGAGGGAGAGACGUCACAACGGCUCUCCUUUCUUUCCCGGUUCCCUCCUCUGCAACCGAUUCCGCCACAAGAAUCUCAAUUGGUCCUUCUCAGAUUCUGGGGUUGGCUUCCGUCCAAUAGCCUUUCGGUUCGCGCGGCAGUAUCUUCCAAUUCCUUUUUCUAGGCAAGCCAACUUCUGAUAUGGAUGUGUACGAAGCAUAUUCUGUUCUUGGGGUCUCUUCUGAUUCAUGUUCAUCUUUCCGAGGCGUAUUUUGCUUAUUUUUUUUCUUCAUUUUUCGAUAGAUAUGGAGAGGAGUUAUAGUAACGAUGAACCGUCAAUGGCUCGCAUCCAGCAAUUAGAGUAUGGGAUCGACUUAGGAGUUGGAGUUUGGAAAAUUGGUGACAUUUGUCCUCUCUGAGCUAACCUAGCGUGAUGAACUGCGCAGAGAGCGUGAUGAGUUGCGUAAAGAUAUAGAACAACUAUGCAUACAGCAAGCUGGACCUGGCUACCUGGCAGUGGCAACUCGGUUGCAUUUCCAGAGCUGGCUUGGAGCAGGAAAUAGAGAAUUUGAAGAUGAAGUUAGCUGCCAGUACUAGAGAGAGUCGAAAUCUUCAAGAAGAGCUUUCAGAAGCAUUUCGAAUUAAAGCCCAAUUGGCGGAGCUGCACCAAGCUGAAGUGGCAAAGAAUAUUGAAGCAGAUAAACAAGUCAAAUUUUUUCAAGGAAGUGUAGCUGCUGCUUUCGCUGAACGUGAUCAGUCCCUCUUAGAGGCUGAAAAAGCUAAGGAGAAAGAGGAGCUUAUGUCACAGAAAUUUAUCCCAAUGCAGACUAGAUUGGAAGAGCUGAGUUCGGAUCUUCUACAGCAGAAGAGAAGGAAUGAUGAAUUGCUGCUUGAUCUAGCAAAGCAGGAACAGCAGAAUGAAAACUUGAAGAAGGUCGUCAACAAGUUUUUUGAGAUUCGUCAGCAAUCAUCUGAGGGAUCGCUUAAAACAACUUCUGAUGAGAAGUGUGAAUGUCUGUUACAUGACCCAGUUGAAGUUUGGAAUUAUAACGAUCCUUCAACCUCUGACUACAUUAGUGCAUUGGAAGAAGAGCUGGAGACAGUGAGAAAAUCUGUUGAUGAUCUCCGGAAUAAGAUGCGAAUGGGUUUGGACAUUGAAAAACACUUGAGGAAGAAAGUUUGUGAUGUCGAAAAGAACCUAAUUCGUUUUAACAAAGUCGUCAUGAGUGGAAUGUUGGAGUUACACAAAUUUUAUUCUCAGCAUAGACUUGGAAUUCUAAAUUUACUCGCCGAGGAAAAAUCUCAACUCAAGUCGACAGUUGAUAUGAUUGAAGAGCAUAUCAAAGGGUUUAACCUGACACAACAGAAUAUUGUGGUUUCUGAGGUAGUUGCAAGCUCAGAUGAAACUGAAUGUCGAGAUGUGCAUGUAAGCACAGUCACUGACAUGCCCUCAGCAUCCACGAGAAACGACACUGCCUCAAAAAUUGUUGCAGCUUCUAAUGAAGAUGUUGAAGCCUCUGAAGUCCUGAAGCAAGCAUUGCAAGAAAAGGUUCAGACACUGUUGCUAUUGUCUCAGCAGGAGGAAAGACAAUUGCUGGAAAGAAAUGUGAAUGGAGCGCUUCAGAAAAAGAUAGAGGAGCUUCAAAGAAAUUUACUGCAAGUUACUCAUGAGAAGGUGAAAGCUCUUAUGGAGUUGGCACAGCUAAAACAGGAGCAUCAACAACUACAAGAGAAGCUCGCUAAUGAGGCAGGGCAAGGAAAUUCUUUAGCAGAGAAAAAGCAAACAAAUCAGGAAAGAGAUGUAGGGAUAAAGAAUGUGCUGAAGAAAACUUAUCUGAGACGGUGGCUUGGCACGUUGGAUUCCACUGGUAGAAGUGAAGUUGACGUUCACUCAAGUAGUCAAGGAGACUUAUCGGGGAGAAAGUCAAACUCAAUGAAUGUUGCAAGAAUGAAGAUUGAAAAUGCUACUCUCAAAGAAAGCUUGGAAAGUAUGGAGCAUUUGGUUUCCUCAACUCAUAGACUCCGCCUCGCACUCACCAGGAUUCGAGAGUCGAUGGCAGAGAAAAGCACAGAACCCGGCUUGUCUGGAGCUCUGGACGGCAUAAUUUCCGAAGCUAAACUGGUGAAGACCGCACUAGGAAGCUCACUACCAAUCAGUUGGUCAGCAGAGGUGGAUGUUGCGCCAAGCAGUCCAAGAUUCUCCACCGAGCCAUCAAGCCCUUCGGCUGAUACCACUGAUGAGAAGAUGGAUUUUGUGUCUGCAGCCGGGUUUGAGAUGGUGGAACUUCUGAUACUUGCUGCUCAAGUUUUGAAAGAGACCAUCAGCAAAGCUCCUGAGAAUGGAAAAGAUUGCUGCCCAAGUUCUUCCUAGGCCACGGCUACAUAUAGUACAGCUUUGGGAGGAGUGCAUCAAGCGAUUUAUCGUGUAAAAUGUUACCGGGAAAGGGGGGUAAAACAGGGUUUUGAGAUGCAAAGAUGGAGACUUGAGUUGUUAGGUGUAGUAUUGUACUGCUGUAUACUAUAAACUGGUGAAGGAGAUGAGGUGCAAUUGCAACUAGUUGUUCUGUGAAUAUGUUUUGGGAUUGUGUUCAUGUUGGUGCAUUCAUAAAGAAAUUACUUCUCAGAAAUCAAUUUAAUUUAAUGAGUAUAAAGUAUAAACAAUUAUCUAACUUCUUCUAAAUCUUCACAUUCUUAUAAAAUGUAUU